AUGAAUGAAAUUCGUUCCAAUGGAUUAUGGAUUCUUGGUCUUAGCACCACAGUAGCCUCACGCAUUUACAAAUGUGUACCAUGUCGACGUCAAAGGCGACCAACAGAAGGCCAGAAGAUGGCAAGUCUUCCCAAAGAUAGAGUGGAGUCAGCCCCGCCCUUUACAUACCGUGGAAUGGAUUGUUUUGGGCCGUUUCUUAACAAAGAAGAAAGUAAAGAAUUGAAGAGAUGCGCAGUGAUAUUUACUUCCAUGAGUUCUCGAGCAGUACACAUUGAACAGUUGGAUGAUAUGACAACCGACAAAUUCAUCAACGCUCUAAGAUGCUUCACCGCGAUCCGAGGACCUGUCCAACAGCUAAGAUCCGAUCACAGUUCGAACUUUGUAGGCGCAAGGAACGAACUUGCCAAUGCAACGAAAGAGUUGGACAACAACAGAAUUGAAUCGUACUUGACGACGAAUCACUGCGAAUUUAUCAUGGAUAUCCCUCACUCCAGUCAUUGGGGAGGUGUAUGGGAACGACAGAUCAAGACCACUAAAAGCAUCCUAGGCAUUCUCAACGAACACAAGGGAAGACUCAAUACUUCCUCUCUUCGCACAUUCUUGUCUGCAACAAUGGCUAUAAUGAACACUCGACCAUUGACCUGCCAGUGUCUUAACGACCCACCCAGUUUAGAGCCACUAACUCCAAACCAUCUGCUUACCAUGAAGAGUAAGACACUCCUACCACCACCUGGAAAAUUUGUUAAAGAGGAAGUUUACGCCCGAAAACGUUGGCGACAAGUUCAAUUUCUAGCAGAACAAGUGGCCCCUUGGCAGGAUUGUGGAGACUUCAGCUGA